AUGAUAACAGAAUCCACUACACCGGCGCCAUUCGAGGGUGAAACAGCGAUAAACAGUCAAUCUGGCUAUGCUCGCGAACUUCUCACCAAGGUCGUUGGCAGCACUCCUUCCAUUGGUCAGAACGAGGAGAUAAAGUCCGCCUUGAGUGCGCUUGGAGAUAUAGUUACACACCAAGGGCAUGUCACCGUACCUACAGCUUCCACCACAAACUCUUUGAUCAACCGUGCGCUCUCAGACGUUGAUCCAGGCAAGCUGGAACGACCGCCCUGGCCUGCUGUCAAAGAGAUGCUUGAGAGAGCUUUAGAAUACCCAACGAUGGCAUUUGCAGUUAUCUUUCCUUUUCUCAAAAUGCGCAACUUGUUCGAGAUCUUUGAGAAUGCCUACCAGGAUCCAGCGCAUUGUGGCGCUCCGCGUCGCAUUUUGGCCUAUGGAGUAGGAUACAACCUGUUUACUGAGUUCUCGGCAAUGCCCUGGUGCACUGGCCUGGAUCAGAAUCAACUGCGUGGAUACGCUACGAUGUGCAAAUACCACAUGGAAGUAGCUAUCAGCCAGCUCGAUGUCUUCAUACCAGCUAGCUACGAGAACGUUAUGGCUCUCAUUUUGGGUGCUGCUUGUGCUAUUGAGAUGUGCAAGCCGUCACUUGCGUGGGUGUUGACCGCUAUGGCAGCUGGUCAGAGCCAGAACUUGGGCUACCACCGUUACCAGACCUUUCAGAAUGAUGAAGAAGAGGAACGGAACUCUAAGGUUCAUCUGUUCUGGAUGAUUUACAUGUUCGACAAGCAACUCUCAUUGCGUCUAGGUCGCGCGAGUGUCAUUCAGGACUGGGACAUGUCAUUACCAUUGAUCACAUCGACACCAACACCAGCAGCUAUGGCCCUGGGCGCGAGUCAGAUGAUGGCUUACUGGAUCAAGGUUGCGAAGGUUCAGGGGCAGACAUACGAGAAGCUCUUCAGCCCGGCUGCUUUUCUUAGGUCACCGGAAGAGCGUACCCGUACGGCUAUCGAGCUUGUCAAUGCUAUGAACAAGGCGUGGUAUGAACGUGGAGAGGCAAGUAUCAUGGACUUCACACCUCUGACUACGGGUGAGGAUCUGACAAAGCGGAGGAAGAUAGCGAUGGCAAGCCCUAACGAUACAGAGUUGCCAUCAAAGCGCAAGCGUUUCGUGCAGCAGCCCUUCGGGAUUUCGCUGCCGCCAGGUGAAUAUAUCCAAGGUUCCUUCGAACGAGUAGAAGACGUGUUCUUUCACGCGGAUGUCGUCAUGCACUAUUCAACGUGUGCUCUCAUACAGCGUGCCGUCAGUUCUGACAAUGUCACCUUCAGCCAAGAGUGUUUGGAAUACUCAAGAGCGGCGCUUGUUGCUCAUGAAAGGUGUAAUGCUCAGUUCAAUACUAAGGGAAAUGAAGAGCUCUGGUCAGGUUACAUCCAUUGGUCUAUCCUUCAGGCACCUUUCACUCCGUUCAUCGUUGUCUUUUGUGACGCCAUCCAGAAGUCUGACGCAGUAGAUCUCGAAACCCUUCAACAAUUCGUUGCGAGUCUCGAAUCAUGUCGAACAGUCUCCGAAGGUGCCAACAAGCUCUACAAAAUGUGUCACCUCUUCCUUCGGGUUGCAAAGCUCUACAUUCAAGCAAAGAAGAAUGACGCGAGGAGUCAACCGCAGACUGUGUCUAAGCCCUCUCCUAAUAACUUCUACACGACAACAGACGGAACUCAACUGGACCUCAGCACCAUGACACAGUUUGAUCCUUACUUGAGCGCUCUUGGACUCGUGCCCAACUUGGCCUGGCCGAUGGCUGGUUAUGCUGAUACGCCAACGGUACCGACAGCUAUGAACUCUUUCGCAAACAUGCAAAACGCGGCGAGCACGCAAGGAGUGGACGCCUUCGGUGUGGAGUACGCACCCAAUGGUGCACCCCAGAACGCAGUCCAGGACUGGUUUUCGGGGUCGCGUUACUUGAUGAACCUCAUGGAAGCCGGCGACGGCAUGCAGAUAUCAGAUAUUAAUGAUUUUGAUAUCCAGUUGUGA